UGACAAAGCUUCCACUCAAUACAUCUCUGUCUUACACUAAUCAAGUUGUGAUCAUGUGCCUCAGGAUGAGCUCAAGCCCGACCCACUCACCCACUGACUCUGGAUCAGCACUUAACUACAAACGAAGCAGGUCCUGUAGCACCUCCAUCGACAACAGAAUAGCACAAGCAAUGGAUCUGGUGAAGACUCAUAUGCUGAGUGCAGUGCGAGAGGAAGUGGAACCUCUGAGAGACAUAAUUCAAAAUCUGACUCAGAGAAACAGAAAGCUGGAGAGAGAAAACCACCUGCUGAGAUCCAUGACCAAAUACCAACCAGCACUGACCUCAGGUCAGAUCACUAACAACCAACCAGCACUGACCUCAGGUCAGAUCACUAACAACCAACCAGCACUGACCUCAGGUCAGCUCACCAAACACCAAACAGCACUGACCUCAGGUCUCAUCACCAACCACCAAACAGCACUGACCUCAGGUCUGAUCACCAAACACCAAACAGCACUGACCUCAGGUCUGAUCACCAACCACCAAACAGCACUGACCUCAGGUCUGAUCACCAACCACCAAACAGAACUAACUUCAGGUCAGCUCACCAAACACCAAACAGCACUGACAUCAGGUCCGAUCACGAACUAUGAAACAGCACUGAGCUCAAAUCAUCAUUGCAGUCAGCAUGGCAUCAGCAUACCUGAGCGAUCACAAGAUUAUAUCUUCAGAAGUGUUGAUUACCAGAACAGUGGGUGCUUUUCUGUGAACACACAGCUGUAUUUGAAUGUAGCAUUAAAGGAAGAUGUCAGGUGUGUUUAGUGUUGCACUGUCCUAGCAGGGUGUGUCAAUUUAUGUAAAGUGCUAAUCUUAUACAGAAAUCAGUAAUUAACCAAUUACCUUGUGACGAGGUUGUAGAGUUUUCUUUAACAGUGACUUUUAUUUGUGGCACAGAGUCUGUGUACACAAAUGUUCACAAUGAAAAUGUUAUUGUUAAUGUUAUUGUUAAUAUUUGGAAAACUAGCUUUGUAUUUAAAUUAAAUGUAAUAUGUUGUAUUUGUUUUGCACUCAUUUCUUAUUAGAGUUUUGCUAAUGUAUUGUCUGCAUAACUGAGUUACUGUGUAUUAGUCUGAUCUUUGUAGAAUUGUAAAAUAAAAUCUCAAAUAUACUGUAUUUAUAACCAGAGUAGAAAAA